GCUUUGGCAGUCAUCAACUUGCAUCAUACCAGUACAGGCCAGUCGACGACGUGUAAGAUGCGCUGGGCAGACUCGAAGCUCGCGGUGGCGCUACUUGUUCUCAUUCUGUCGCGCAGCGUGGACCGCGUCUACUACACGCGCAUUACGUUCGACUACAACGAAUUCCUGUGGUACUUCUCUAACAUCAUUUGCUCCAUUGCGUACCUUGUCAUAUUCUGGCCUGUGGUAUGGUACAAGAUGUGGUUCACCAACGAAAUCACGCCGGAAAUGACGUCGUUCCCGCACUACAAGUUUGCCAUCAUGGGUCUCUUCGACACGUUGUACAAUCUGCUCACAGCCUUCCCUACGCCGCACAUAGGGGGCAACAUGUCGAACGCGCUGGGCCAGCUCAACCUCCCAUUCAACAUGCUCCUCUCGGCCAUCCUACUCUCCACGCGAUACAAGCGAUCGCAUUACAUGGGCGCGGUACUCGUCCUGUACGGCGCACUGGUCACGAUGAUCCCUGUGUUCCGCGGCGAAACCGCGGCCAACAUGCCGGAUCCGUCCGUGUUUUGGAUCCUCUUUUACAUCAUCGCGUUGCUGCCUGGCGUGGGAUCCAACGUGUACAAAGAAAUCGGGUUGAAAGACGUGGACCUGGACAUUUGGUACGCCAAUGCAUGGAUCUGCACGUACCAGCUCCUGUGGGGGGCGUUUACGAUUUGGACCAUCCAGCUCCCUGCGUUUUCGGACCCGCCCGUGUCGUGGCAAGAGUUCCCUUCGUACAUUGCGCUAGCGCACAACUGUUUCCUCGGGUACCCCGUGACCUUCAACGGCUCUGACUUGCCCUGUGGCAAUGGCGUGUUCCUUACCUUCUUGUGGUACAUCCUGUUCAACUGCGUGUACAACCAAGUACGUUCAAUUCAACCAUCCGUUAUCUAGUGGUGGUACAAAUGUGCAAUGGGGAUGUGUUUGCUGAGUUUCUUGGCAGAUCAUGAUGUACGUGUUCAAGGAAGGCAGUUCGGUGCUGUUUGUCGUGUCGUCGGCCGUGUGCCUUCCGCUGACUGACAUGAUGUACAUGGUGCCGUUCCUGGCCGGGCCCAAGGCGUCCCAGACGUUCACCAUCUACGACGGGUUUGCGCUCUUCGUGCUCAUCAUGGGCAUGCUCGUGUACCACUCGGAGAAGGAGGAGCGCGGAGACGCGGCCACGCAGAAGUCGCCCAUGUUCUUGUCGCCUAGCAUGCGCAAGGCGCAGUUGAUGCGACGACGAAAGGCCAGACCUAUGACGACGUUCCGGUCUGCUGUGCUUAAGUACGGUACCGCCAAGGACACCAACAGUGUGGUCUAGUGUCAGCUACAUAAAUAGUACUAUAUCUGAACUAUCCUCAGAUGAUAAGUCCUGUAGCAGGCUACCGUGGACGAUUUUGGGAUAUUUGUGGAUACAAUGGAAUGGCUAUUAUACUGUAGUGGCC